GACGCGGGCGGUUAACUUCCGCUGUAGGAAUCGUGGCGCGAGUACAGACGUUGUCGCUCUGAUUCCAGGUUUCACCAUGGAAGGUGGGACUUUGAUGUUCAACUCGAAGUACAAAAGUCUAGCAGCAGAAUGGCUAGGACUGUCACCUGACCAACUAACGAUAAAAGAUGAACCAGAUGUCCGUUCAAACGAAUCAAAACAAGAACACGUACCAAUACCAAACAACGCUGUUAAGAAAAAGAAAACAAAACAGACUAAAAGGGAAAAGGUCAGAACGUCUUUUGAAAUAGGUGAAAAACUGCAAAAGAAAUUAUCUAAAGCAAGGAAAAGGGGAUAUGAUCGAGAAAAAGAGGAGACUGCAAGGGUUUGUGACAAGUCUGUCCGUGAUGAUGGAGAGGAGGAAGAGAGUAGGUCGGAAAGUGUGAAGAAAAGGCCAAGGGUGGAUGAAGGGAAGGAUGGAAACAGACUUAAACCCCUUACAAUUGCUGAUCUGAAAACAAGACUGAAAGAUCCAACAUUGUCUAAACCAGUAAAGAAAAAGCUACGUAAAAGAUUGAGGAUUUUGGAAGAAAAAGAUGGAGCAUCCUCAGCUCUUCAGGAUGGAAACAAACAUGGCUUCAAAGGACCUAAUGCUGAGAAGUUACAAACAAAGUUAAAGAGAAAGGAAAUUGAUGAGUUUUCAAAAAGUUUUACUGAUCAUAUGAAGGAUUACAACAAUAAAAAGAAAAAAAAGCAGACUGGUUUUUCGGAUAAAAAAAAUAAAAUGAAAAUGAAACGGAAUAAAGGUAAUGUGACAGAUAUCAACAAAAGUGACCUUAUUGCCAAUCAAGAUGACUCUGUCAGUGAUUCAGACGAAAGUGAAUCAGGAAAUCAGAGUCCGCAAAGGGCCAUAAAAAGUGACAUGAUUUUUGUGGACCGAAGUCCUGUGAAAAAAGACAAUGUGCAAUCUUCAAAAAAGAAAACGAAGAAGAAAACAAAGUCCUUACACAGCGGUGUUUCCAAAGAUGAUGAGGCUGAUUCCACGAAGCAUAAAAAGACAAUAGCGGGAGACAGCAGCAAAGUGAUUGGUGGGGACGGCAAUAGUAAAACUCCAGGGAGGAAACGGAAGCAUCACAAGAAAAGAAGCAAACAGAAAAACAUUAAAAAAGAUCACAGGCCAGAUGAAAAGAAGCCAGCUCAUCUUCAGGGUGCAGGGAAGGGCAGAGUCAAACAAAAAGUGUCAUCACCGAAAAAACCCGACUGAACAAUUUAAUAAUUUGUUGCUCUCAUCACUCAUGUAAGAAACAAAGGAGGACAAUAGAACAGACCUGUGAUGCUCGUUGACAUUAAAGUCUGGUGUUAAGCAAUACACAUAGAAUAUAUGAAUGGAUAAGCUUUUGGAAACAGUCGAGCCACAAUAUAAAAAAACCCACAAUAACUUUCACCUUUAGGUAAUUGUUCAGUGUGGGACUUUCUGUAGCCAUCAACCCAACAAAACCAAAGUAAAGUAUAAAUUAGGUUUGUCUUGGAAGUUUGGAUUAUGACAACCCAUAUGUGAUCUAAUACUGUAAAAUAUGUGGAAGGAUAAUUUUAUACCAGUAGACUCAAGUUUUGGUGCAGACUUAUUGUGUUCAAUGUUAAUUAGCUCACCUGGCCAUUAAUGAAAUGAUGGGAACUGUAGAAGUGAAUUUGGAAUAAAAAGAAAUAUAUUUGA